UUGCCAUUCAUUUACUACCGCAUCUAAGGAUUUUCCAACACUCAUCAAAUUUUUAUAAAAAUCGACAUCGGAUACAAAUGGAUUCACCAAAAGGUCGGUACCUGAUUCACUCUCCAUGACUCGACAUAACCUUCAAAGUCACAUUUCUUGGUUGAUACAGAACAAAGUUACUGCCCCCGCUGGAGCCCAAAUCAGUGCAUUUGCAACCUUGCCGGACACGAUUGGGUUCGGAUUUGGGAGUUUUGGCAAUUUCGAGGACGAAAUUACUGUGCAUGAAACAAGAAAUACACCAACUGCUCCGAUUCGAAACCGUCGAGUCGAAGAAAUCUCCAAUGUUGUGGCGAAUUCACGAUCACCUCGUCCUCGUAUCCUCACUCCGAUAACACAAUCUACACCAGAUCCUGGGGAUGAAUUGGUGGAUCCGGAUAUGGGAAAACUCACAUCAGCACGGAAGACGACUAGACCAAGUCUCAUAAGUCAAAACAAACAAUUUGGGACCCCUUCCUCUACGACCAGCUCAUCCCUUACGAGAAGUUACAAGUUACAAUGUAAUGAAAGUGGUAUGUGGAUGUGAUGUGUCUCGGUUCGUGCCUCAAUUGACUCUUCUAGGCACCCCUUCCAGACCCAUAUCAACGAGAGAACCAAGAGGUUUGACACCCCGCCCAACACCCUUACCGAAAACAAGAUUCAAUUUCGACAAUGUGGAAUCUAUAGAUCUUACGGGCGAUGAUCUGGCUGGAGUCCCCCCCAUUGGAUCCUCUAGUACUGUGGAAGCUUUUGAAGAUGCUUCUGUUGUAUUGUGGGACGAGGGUUCAGCGUCCCGACCAGAACCUUUGAAGAAGGCGAAGAAAAGGAAAAGCGAAGAUUUAUCUAUGACACAGUCUCCUAGGAAAUCCAAGAAUAUACCAUCAGUACGCUCAACAGAAGUGCAAGACGAGGAACACGAUUCGUUUUUGGACAUCGACGAAUUGGGAUUACCAGGGCCAUCGUUUCGAGAUACCCUGCCGGACUCUCAGCGAACAAUUGUUCCACCUAGAAAAGUGGAGGAAUGCCCUGACCUGAAUCACUUGGAGGAAAUCGACAUGGUUCGAGAAAUGAUGUCUCAGGCUGGGCGUGCGAAAUCCAAGGUCAGAAGCAGACAAAACUCAGAGGAUAUCUUUAUAGAUAAAAGAUCAAUCCCAAGAACGACGCCCGCCCCUACGAUGAGCUCUCAAAAACACAUUACUCCUCGUAGCGUGCGAUAUAUGUCACCAGUUCAAGUACGAGCGUCUCCUAGUACCAAAUCCCGUGAACAUUGGGCAACAAAAACACCGUCACCGCUCAAACGCCAAAGGCUUAAGCAAGAAAUACUCGACUCAGAGGAUGAAGACGUUUUGUCAGAGGUAGAAGCAAGAGUAAGCUGCUCGCCUUGCCGACCAUUGAUGAAAACACCCAAAGAACUUCAUAGCACGCCAGACAUGCAUGCAAUCUCUACGAAUUUGAUGCACGAGAACGAUGAAGUGACGCCUGCAAAGAAGAGAUUCACUAGCCCUUUGAAACUAAUAUCACAAAAUGCAUCAUUUCGUCUGGAGAAUGAGCCAUCUUCAUUUCAACGCGAUUCCCCGACCAAGUAUAUGACUUCACAGAAAUUGCCACAGCGAGGCUCAAGCCAAUAUUCAUCGGUUUCUCUGGGUCUUGAAGAAAAAAGGGUUGUGGGUUUAUACUUGAAAAAUCCGUCAGCACUUGUGCCUUUUCAAAAUCACCUGGACAAUAUUCUCAGCCAGAAUUACGAGGCGCUCCAAGUCUAUCUUGAGGAUGGGGAGCACCCUCCAGAAGAGAUGGUGUGUGAGCGAAAAGCUAUACUGGAACAGAAAAAGGCCCUAAAGACUCUUACAGAUAGCUUUGAAGGUCUUCAGGAUCUCGCUUCAAAAACAACAGCUGCAUUGCGUAGGGUGAUGACCCUUCUAGAAGAGGGUAUUACUAAUAGUGCAGAAGAAGCACAGUCUCGCGUGCUAACCCGGGAGCUAUCAGAAGAGAAGAAAGAGUGUUGGCGGCUAUUAGAUGCCUCUGGCGCAAUAAACUACGGAUUCGGGUCUAUUCCUUUUACAAAAACUCCACUUCCUACUCACGCGUCAAGUGCAAAUUCGAGUGGGCAAGUUGGUCUGCAGGCCCAGGUUCCUCCUCUUACGCGUGAAUCGUCAAGCACGGCAAGGGACUUCAGGCAGGACUAUCCAAUAUCUAAUUUUCAAAGACCCCCGAACUUAAGGGAACAGGAACCCCAGUGUGCAGAGUCAUCUCCUGUAAGACAAACAUCGCCUUUCAGAUCGAUGGUUCCCGGAAGUAACUACUCGAGGCCCGGUAUUUCCGUGAAACAACCGACUUUUACCAGGCAAUCUUCGCCAACAGAUUACGGUGUUGAUGAUGAGUUGCUCUGUCGUUUGCUUGAAGACGAGGAGCAAAUUAUGGAAGAGACUCGUGUAGCUGACAAUAAAUCAGAAGGACAUGUGGAGGAGGAAGAUUAUGGGGAUUCUGAUGACGACGCUUUGAUCUCUUUCGCGCAACAAGUUGAGCAGAAUAGCUCUUUCAAGGAAAACUCGGCGAAAAUUUCGCUUAAUUCCACUUUGCAAGAUGCAUCAAGAAACUCAUUCAAAAGUUCAAAGCGUGAUAACUCAAACUCCGCCAAGCCCAAAGAUAUGUAUUCAACAGUGGACUCUUCAUAUGCAGAUAGGUACCGCUAUGCAUGGUCGAAAGAUGUCAAGAAGGGGUUGAAAGAUCGCUUUCGUUUAACAGGCUUUCGACAGAACCAGCUGGAGGCAAUUAAUGCUACCUUAGCGGGGCGUGAUGCAUUCAUACUGAUGCCCACUGGCGGCGGAAAAUCUUUGUGUUAUCAACUGCCUGCAAUUGUACAAUCGGGCGCAACGAAGGGUGUUACAAUUGUGGUUUCCCCUCUUUUAGCUCUCAUGCAUGAUCAGGUCGACCAUCUCAGGAGACUUCGCAUUCAGGCAUAUUUGUUUAAUAGUGAAUCAACUAGGGAGACAAAGCAGGAACUAUUCACCGGUCUAAGCCAAAGUAAGCCAGAGCAAUUUGUCGAGCUACUAUACGUCACGCCAGAGAUGAUCAACAAAAGUAGUGUUAUUCAAUCGAAAUUAGAUGGUCUGUAUGCCAAAGAGCGACUUGCCCGCAUUGUCAUCGACGAGGCUCAUUGUGUUAGCCAAUGGGGUCAUGACUUUCGACCAGACUACAAAAGCCUUCAUGAGCUUCGUGAAAGAUAUCCUGGGGUGCCAUUCAUUGCCUUAACUGCCACUGCAACAGAAAGGGUAAAGAAAGAUGUUAUUCACAAUCUUGGAAUGCACAACUGUGACCAGCUAAAACAGAGUUUCAACCGACCUAACAUUUACUAUGAGGUCCGACGUAAGACGGGCAAAGGAUCAACGGCGGCAAUGUUUAGUGAGAUAACAACCAUGCUUUCUGUCGACUACAAAAACCAGAGUGGAAUCAUAUACUGUCUCUCUCGUGAUAAUUGCGAAGAGGUGGCCAAAAAGCUACGAGGCCAAGGGAUCAAGGCUCAUCAUUUCCAUGCGGGUAUGGCAGCCGAAGACAAGAAAGAUAUCCAACACCAAUGGCAGGUAGGUGACAUUCAAGUUGUUGUGGCAACUAUUGCGUUUGGUAUGGGCAUUGACAAACAAAAUGUGCGAUUUGUCAUCCAUUAUUGCCUUCCCAAGACUUUGGAAGGUUAUUACCAGGAAACGGGGCGAGCUGGUCGGGACGGCAAACCGGCGUCUUGUUUCCUCUACUAUGGAUUUCAAGAUACCCAGAUUUACAGAAAGAUGAUUGACAAGGGAGAUGGCAGCCCAGAUGUCAAAAACGAGCAGCGUCAAAUGUUGGAAGCUAUGGUACGAUUCUGUGACAAUCGCAUUGAUUGCCGCAGAGUGCAACUCCUACGGUAUUUUGGUGAGACUUUCAAAAAAGAGGAGUGUCGUAAUUGUGACACAUGCAAUUCCAAUGACAUUUACGAGGAACGCGAUUUCAGUAGUGAGGCUCGAAAGGUUAUCAGUGUUGUUAGUCAAGUACACGGAAAUUUUGCUAUAGGUCACUUUUCCGCCAUCCUGGAAGGCAAGGCAAUAGCAAAGGUCAAAUCUGAGAAUCAUCAUGAAUUCGAUGAAUUUGGCUCACUAAAACAUAUGGGAAAAGCGGAGAUUGAACGACUUAUUGAGAAACUCAUACAGUUUGGAGGCCUCCAAUUCCGCGCCAUCAAGAAUAGGGGUGGAUUCCAUAAUGAUUUUGUUUUUGUAAGAGCAAAGAGCAAUCCAUCUCAAGCAAUGUGCAAGCGCUAACCAAUCCCCAAGCUAGGGCCCAAAUAUAGGCAGUAUAUGUCUAAAAACCUAAAACUCCCCCUGCAAACUAGGAUCUCGACAUCCCCAAAUGCAGCUUCACGCAAGACCUCAAAAAGCAAACCCAAAAGGCAAGCACCACCGCCGUCCACGUUACUUACUUCGCCAAUCGCCGAAACUCGACCUAGUAGAAAGGGCAAAGAACGUUACAUCGAAGACGAUAUCGCCAUGACUGAUGAUGAUUUUCAUCCAAGCACCUAUCCUCAGCAUGACCCCCCUGCUUCCGACAGUGUUGAAAGUUCCGAGGAUGAUGCGUUCGAGCCAGCGAGAGGGGCUAGUAGAAGCAUGUGCGGUAGCAGACAAGCUAAUCGUAUUGGGCCACCGAUCACAGUUGAUGAAGAGAUGAAGAGGCUGAAUCCAGUGCAUCGAGAUGUUGUUGAUGAUUUCGUUCAGCAAGCCAAGACACUAGAAGAAUCAACCCGGAAUAGGAAUGGUCACAGGAAACCGUAUUUCACGGAGCUCGAGUUCAGACAAAUGGCAAUUCGCUGGACUACAAGCACGGCUUUAAUGGCACAAAUCCCUGGGAUCAGCAAAGAAAAUAUACAUGCCCACGGCAUGCGAUUUUUAAAGUUGUUGGAGGAAAGCCAUUUUUCUUAUAGGCAGAUGAUGGACCCAAACUUUAAGCCAGAUAAAAACCACUUGAUAGUCGACUUGGUGAGCGAUGGUGACGAAAGUGACAUGGAAGAUGAGUACGCAGAGCAGUCGGAAGAGCCUUCUCGGUACUUUCACCAAGUCAACCCCGACGUGCAAGCAUUUAAUGAGCGAAUGGAGGUGGCAGCACAAGUUCCGAGGACCCAACCCACAGAAGCUGAUUCAUCUAGAAACUCGAAUCAGAAAAGUUCUCAUGGUUAUAAAUCGAAAUCUCGAUUUAACAACUACAGGCGGAAGAGUGGCGGAUCGACGUCAAGCAAGGCAGGGUCGAGCAGUGGUGUUACGAAGAAGCGAGCACCUACGAGUAGCAGGAAAAGCACAGCAUCCAAGGAAUCAAGUUUAAUGUCAAAGUUUGGCAGAAGUGGUGGAGUUGGUGGUAGUGGUAUAAAUCCUAUGCCGACGUGAGAUGAGGAGAUUGCAAGCCGUUGGUAGCGACCGGCUCUCAUUUUCUUGGCGAUAUCUUUCUUUUAAAUCACGGCAUGAGUUGCAUGGGGAUGGGCCGGAGUUCCGAGGGUUCGGGUUUGAUUUGCUCUUUAGCAUAGAAGUUAGCAUUUUGGGAUUUUCCGGCUGUGCAUGGCUGGUUUUACGACGUAUAUUUCAUGACUCGCAGAUUAACGCUGAUAUUAGAAACAUUUUUAUAUUCACUGCACAAUGGCUAUUGCCGUGUAGUUUGUGAGAAGCCUAGGUGGGAACGGCAUAUCAUGACAUGGCAUAGCUUAAAAUUUAUCCCAUGAUAGAUA